AAACCGGAAGUGCUGGAGCCGCCGCCGCCGCCGUCUUUAAGUGCCGCGUUCACUGCUUCGGUUACCGCCGGCGCCGUAGCCAAGGAGGCCGCUGCCCCCGGGUCGGGAGUGGAGGCCGCGCGGCAUGAAGCGGCGCAGGCCCGGUCCUUAGCGCGCGUCAGGACGGUCCGGGCGGGGCCGGGGGGGGGAAGGUGCAGUAUCCGCCCCCUCUACUUCCCCUUCGCCCGCGAGGCCUGCGCCCCAGCCCACUCGGGCCUCUCCGCCUCACGGAGGAACCGCCCGGCGCAUUCUCCCGGUUAGCCCGCUCUGCGGUUUACCCGGCGCGCCGCCCUGCGCGGGCCACAGCCGGUGGCGGGGCCCCACUUGCCGGAAGAGGAAGCCCAGGCUCUCAGAUUCCGAGUCAGCCAACGUUCACUGGGCGCCCCCUGAGCGCUGGGUGCUGGCCUCCGGACUUCCACGUCCGUUAUCUUAAUUGAGGCUUGCUGGGGUUGGAAGCCGGGUAUUGUCCGGGCUUACAAAACGGAAGCCCACAGAGGCGAAGGGAUUUGCCUAAAGUCCGACUGUGGCAGAUCGGAUUCGGACUGAGAUUUUCUGGUUUCCCAGCUGGUGUUCUUUCUACUUCCCCACUUUAGGUCGAUUCCCUCCUUGUUUACUGGCCGCUUCUCAUUCUAUUUCACCUACCCGGCACAGGAUAGGUGCUUUUCUUUCCUUUUUUUUUUUUUUCAAACCUCUCUCCUCUCACUUUUCUUCUAAGACUUGGCAUCCCCCCAGUCCCCCUUCUUAAUAUUCUCUGCUACACCUCUCCUCUUCUUCCGCAUUCUAGCCUUCAAGAUCUUUGCCCACUUUGUGAUAAUGAACCUCUCAACUAGCUGACGAGUGAAAUAGCUAGGCUUCAACGAGGCUUGGGGUGUUUAAGUGGACAGACUGGCGCCUGGAUUAAAAAUUAAGGAAUGACAUUUGAGUGGGUCCAAAUUCAAGAGUCCUGAAGCUAUUUUCGAACCCUAUGUGCUCUUCUCUGAAUGAGGGGCUUAGUGAAUGGGAAGGUGUCUUGACAUCGUAGUCCGUUGUUGCUGUGUUAGCACAACUUCACUUUUUUCCCUCCAUUUGCCACUGAGCCACAUCUCUCUCCAUCACCUAUCUGGGCUCCGAGAGCCCAGAAUUAAAACCGAUAACAAAGUGACAGGUAUAAUCACAGGCCCUGCUUUUCUUCUUUUACUAAGCCAGAAUUUCAACAAACUUAACACUUCCGUUUCUAGAGAAGUUACCUAGUUCAGUUAUUUUCAGAGUAUACGUGGAAAGGAAAUAAGCAAAAAUGGAAUGCACUGAAAAUGGGUAGAACUGGAAGUUAGUUCCCUCUGCAAAAAUGACUCUGUAGUUCUUAGUGGUUAUUCUAUUGAGUCUAUUCUGUUUCCAGUCAGCUAAAUAUGUAUUCUGUAAAAUAAUACAAAUUGGUUAUUAUGUAAAAGGCAGAAGAACAGGACCAGGCACAUAGAAAUAAAUUUUAUUAUGAAUCUGUCAUUUUUGAAGAUUUGCAGUAGCCACUGAGUAACCUCACAUCUGUAUGCCUUUUAUACUUUUAAAUGUUCUUCCAUAAUUUACCUUUUAAUGUGUAUCCGGAUGUCAGGAUUUACACUACCGUUUGGGUAUUCUUUGGAGUAAAUUGGGCUAUACCUUUCUGAAAUAAAAUCAGUUUACAAUUUUCAUAAUUAAAGUGCAGAUACAAGAUAAUUCAGGCAUUGUAUAUUAUAUCAAAAAGAAUAUGCAUCAGUUUCAAGUACUAUUUGAGACUUUAGGUUUAAUCUUUUUGGGCACAUACGAUCCAUUUUAAUAAUGAUCAGCAGCUUUAUAUCUUAUUUCAUUAUUCUGGUGAGCAGGAUUGGAUGGUGAGAAAAGGAAAGACUCCUGUGAGAAGAGAGCAGGAUGAGCAGAGGGAUCUAUGCUUGAAGUUGAGUCACUUCAAAAAGAUCUCUUUGAAUGUGGAAGAGAUCUGAACAGAUGAAAAUACAAUCAGGAAAAUGCAACAUGGCAGCAGCGAUGGAAACGGAACAGCUUGGUGUUGAGAUCUUUGAAACUGCAGAGUGUGAGGAGAAUAUUGAAUCACAGGAUCGGCCUAAAUUGGAGCCGUUUUAUGUUGAGCGAUAUUCCUGGAGUCAGCUUAGAAAGCUGCUUGCUGAUACCAGAAAAUAUCAUGGCUACAUGAUGGCUAAGGCACCACAUGAUUUUAUGUUUGUGAAGAGGAAUGAUCCAGAUGGGCCUCAUUCGGACAGGAUCUAUUACCUUGCUAUGUCUGGUGAGAACAGAGAAAAUACACUGUUUUAUUCUGAAAUUCCCAAAACCAUCAACAGAGCAGCAGUCUUAAUGCUCUCUUGGAAGCCUCUUUUGGAUCUUUUUCAGGCAACACUGGACUAUGGAAUGUAUUCUCGAGAAGAAGAGCUAUUGAGAGAAAGAAAACGAAUCGGAACAGUUGGAAUUGCUUCUUAUGAUUAUCACCAAGGAAGUGGAACAUUUCUAUUUCAAGCUGGUAGUGGAAUUUAUCACGUAAAAGAUGGAGGGCCACAAGGAUUUACUCAACAACCCUUACGGCCCAAUUUAGUGGAGACUAGUUGUCCCAACAUUCGGAUGGAUCCAAAAUUAUGCCCAGCUGAUCCAGACUGGAUUGCUUUUAUACAUAGCAAUGAUAUAUGGAUAUCCAACAUUGUAACGAGAGAAGAAAGGAGGCUUACUUAUGUGCACAAUGAGCUAGCCAACAUGGAAGAGGAUCCCAGAUCAGCUGGAGUUGCUACCUUUGUUCUUCAAGAAGAAUUUGAUAGAUAUUCUGGUUAUUGGUGGUGUCCAGAAGCUGAAACAACUCCCAGUGGCAGUAAAAUUCUUAGAAUUCUGUAUGAAGAAAAUGAUGAAUCCGAAGUGGAAAUUAUUCAUGUUACGUCCCCUAUGUUGGAAACAAGGAGGGCAGAUUCAUUCCGUUAUCCUAAAACAGGCACAGCAAAUCCAAAAGUCACUUUUAAGAUGUCGGAAAUACUGAUUGAUGCUGAAGGAAGGCUUAUAGAUGUCAUAGAUAAGGAACUAAUUCAGCCUUUUGAGAUUCUGUUUGAAGGAGUUGAAUAUAUUGCCAGAGCUGGAUGGACUCCAGAGGGAAAAUAUGCGUGGGCUAUCCUACUAGAUCGCUCCCAAACUCGCCUACAGAUAGUGUUGAUCUCACCUGAAUUAUUUAUCCCAGUAGAAGAUGAUGCCAUGGAAAGACAGAGACUCAUCGAGUCAGUGCCUGACUCUGUGACGCCACUGAUUAUCUAUGAAGAAACAACAGACAUCUGGAUAAAUAUCCAUGACAUCUUUCAUGUUUUUCCCCAAAGUCAUGAAGAUGAAAUUGAAUUUAUUUUUGCCUCUGAAUGCAAAACAGGUUUUCGUCAUUUAUAUAAAAUCACAUCCAUUUUAAAGGAGAGCAAAUACAAACGAUCCAGUGGUGGGCUGCCUGCCCCAAGUGAUUUCAAGUGCCCUGUCAAAGAGGAAAUAGCAAUUACCAGCGGUGAAUGGGAAGUUCUUGGCCGGCAUGGAUCUAAUAUCCAGGUUGAUGAAGUCAGAAAGCUGGUAUAUUUUGAAGGCACCAAAGACUCUCCUUUAGAACAUCACCUGUACGUGGUCAGUUAUGUAAAUCCUGGAGAGGUGACAAGGCUGACCGACCGUGGCUAUUCCCACUCUUGCUGCAUCAGCCGGCAUUGUGACUUCUUUAUAAGUAAGUAUAGUAACCAGAAGAAUCCACACUGUGUGUCCCUUUACAAGCUCUCAAGUCCUGAAGAUGACCCAACCUGCAAAACAAAGGAAUUUUGGGCCACCAUUUUGGAUUCAGCAGGUCCUCUUCCUGACUAUACCCCUCCAGAAAUUUUUUCUUUUGAAAGCACUACUGGAUUUACAUUGUAUGGGAUGCUAUACAAACCUCAUGAUCUACAACCUGGAAAGAAAUACCCGACUGUGCUGUUUAUAUAUGGUGGUCCUCAGGUGCAGUUGGUGAAUAAUCGGUUUAAAGGAAUCAAGUAUUUCCGAUUGAAUACCCUAGCCUCUCUGGGUUAUGUGGUUGUAGUGAUAGACAACAGGGGAUCCUGUCACCGAGGGCUUAAAUUUGAAGGCGCCUUUAAAUAUAAAAUGGGUCAAAUAGAAAUUGACGAUCAGGUGGAAGGACUCCAAUAUCUAGCCUCUCAAUAUGAUUUCAUUGACUUAGAUCGUGUGGGCAUCCAUGGCUGGUCCUAUGGAGGAUACCUCUCCCUGAUGGCAUUAAUGCAGAGGUCAGAUAUAUUCAGGGUUGCUAUUGCUGGGGCCCCAGUCACUCUGUGGAUCUUCUAUGAUACAGGCUACACGGAACGUUAUAUGGGUCACCCUGACCAGAAUGAACAGGGCUAUUACUUAGGAUCUGUGGCCAUGCAGGCAGAAAAAUUCCCCUCUGAACCAAAUCGUUUACUACUCUUACAUGGGUUCUUGGAUGAGAAUGUCCAUUUUGCACACACCAGUAUAUUACUGAGUUUUUUAGUGAGGGCUGGAAAGCCAUAUGAUUUACAGAUCUAUCCUCAGGAGAGACACAGCAUAAGAGUUCCUGAAUCUGGAGAACAUUAUGAACUGCAUCUUUUGCACUACCUUCAAGAAAACCUUGGAUCACGUAUUGCUGCUCUGAAAGUGAUAUAACUUUGACCUGUGUAGAACUCUGGUAUACACUGGCUGUUUAACCAGAUGAGGAGGUUUAAUCAGUAGAGAAUUGAUCAUCACAUUUUGGUACCUGCCACAUAACAUCUACUUCUGAAAGUAUAUUUGGUGCCAUGCAGGUGUUUACAGCUUGUAGAUAGUAAUCUAAUACCUUAACCAUACACAAAAUUAAAUGAUACAUAUUUCUAAGGGACCCAGCAAUACCAUGAGGAUUACUGAAAGAAAGAAGACAUUAGCACCAUGUAUCCAUACUACCUUAUUUUCAUUUUUAAUAGCAUUAUGAAACCUCAUGGACUUAAUUAGUGUAUUUUUACAGUAUACUUCUGAGUUUGUUAAAAUAUGAUAUUAGUGAUUGGUUUGGUUCAAUUCCAGAAUCUCUGACUAGUUACAGAUUUGAUAGCACUUAAAUGUAAUUGAAUAGCUUAUACUACAUUGCUUGGGGUGUAUCCAGCAUGUUAUGAACUAAUCACUAUUAAACCUAUGGCUUAACCGGUCAUUAAUGAUUUUUCAAGGAUAACUUAGUAGCCUCCUAAAGACACUUAAUUUUGCUUCAUUCAGACUCUGACCAGUUUUUAACCAAUUUAAACUGUAUCUAGUAUAAAUAGUUCUCUUUGAUGAUAUGACCGAGUGGGUUUUUCCUUUCACAUAAAGGCAAGUAACUGUAUAUGUAGCAUGGAUUUAAUUAGUCUUAUAAUAUUGAUAAUUACAGGCAGGAAAAUUUUAAUCAAAUGACUAGAGCUUAAAUAUUUGCAGGCAAUUUCUUUCCCUUUAGGAAAAGAAAAAAGUACACAUUCACUUGUAUUUUUCAGAAAAUUUAGUGGUGCCAGUUUCCAUUGGGUAUUUCCUCAUUGAAAUAUUCCAGAGUUUUAGGGCAAUGGAGGGGAAUUUUGGUGGGGUGGGGGAGACCAGAGUGUGGAGAACGGCAGGGAGAGGAGAAGGCAAGGGUCUGCUUAAGAUCUAAGCAGAGGUAUAAUUUGACCAAAAAUACUCAUGAAAAAGUUUAGGAAUUGAAAUUUAAACUCCUAGAAUAUUAGUUAAGGAAACCAGAUUAAGAAAUCACACUCUUGCCAACACAGGUACAGACUAACAUUAUUCAGGGGAGAAAAAGUUCCUUAGAGUUACUUUUACAAUUCUAAUUCUAAUUUUUUUAAUUUUCUUCUUAAUUUUGGAAACCUUACAAAUUGAAACUUUCUUUAACCUUUUUAAAUUAUUUGAGUAUUAUUUAGAUAUUGUGAGCUUAAAGAGUUUCCAGACAACCUCUUUACCAUAAACUGAUCCCCAGCAAGGCAUGGCUCUCUUUUGCAAUGUUCAAAGCUUAUAAGUGAUUUCUUGAAUGACCAUGACAUUUUUCUGGUUUAGCCCUAGCAUUUGACUAUUAAGGGAGCUCGCAGUGCCGAUUGGGAUCUGCCAUCUUAGAAUCUUAGGGUGUUAGAUGGGUCACAUUGGAGCCAGUGGCAGAGAAGGCACCUAUGAGUUUGACAAGCCUCAGUGUUUGGAAAGUACUUCUAAACAACACUCCAAAAAAAAAAUUACUCUCUUCUUUCUCACCACUACAGAGAGAGUAGAUUCCUGCCCUAGAGAGCACAGCCUCCAUUAGUAAGGAUGGUGACUGUGCGUGAGAUGUGGACUUCAUCACUGAGGGCCGCAUGGGAGGUGGGGGAGGUCCAGAGAUGGCAGGGUGACCUGGUGGUGCUGUCUGUGGCGGGGGAUUGGGUUUUGCUGUUUUUGUAUUUAUACUGUAUAAUAGGUACCACACUUUUCCCUGUGUCUGUAUAUGUAUUGAUUUUCUUGUUAUGGUAUUUUCCCAUGCCAAUAUUUGUUUAUAUUUUUUUCAAUGUUAAAUUAAAUUGAUUUGGGUAA